AUGUCCCUAUCAUUGGAAUCCCCUUUAGAUCUCUCCCCGCUGCGCAUUGUCGAGGAAGAGGCAACCUUCUCCUCCUCAACAUCAGGCAGUGCAACCUUCUCGUCCUCUACAAGUCUUGACUCGCGGCAGUCGAAGCAUGGUGAAGAGCGUCUACAGCCCCUAGGGUUUGCGGACGAGAUAAUGACCGAGGAUCACAGCCAGGCCAUACCCGACAAUCCUUUCGACAGCCCCGAGAGCAGGCCUCUUUUUGAGGCUAUUGACCGCUUGCAGUCGUGUGGCGUCAGCCAGCACAUUGAGAUUCCACAGUUGGUCAUUGUUGGAGGCCAGUCAUGCGGCAAGUCCUCUCUGGUGCAGAGCUUGACGGAUAUCCCGCUCCCGGUGGGCACUGGGUGCUGCACGCGCUUCGCCACGCGGAUCGUUUCGAAGCGCACGGGGUCCAACACAACUCCGCAGUUCAAGAUCACGAUUGUGGAGCCCGAGUUCAAGUUCUCAGGCUUUGAGUACGACCAUGACGAUGCCAGCGCAGGGUACACCGCGUUUGAGCGCGUGGGCGAGACCCUCACCUAUGACGAGUUCACCGAGAUCAUCGAAGAUGUCUCGUCCAACUACAUGGGUAUCAAGCCGGGCACCGGGCCGGGCAAGAAGAACUUUGCGACGCAGGUCCUGCGCGUGGAGCUGUCGGGUCCGACGCGCUCCCAUUUCAGCAUCCUCGACAUUCCGGGCUAUGUGGCGAGCCCAGUGAACAUCAACGAGAGUGAGAUGAGGGGCAUUCAGGACAUGAUGGUCCAGUACAUGAAGCAGCCGGAGAACAUUUUGAUCUGCGUUGCCGAUGCGGUUAGCGACCUAGAGGGUCACGCCGUCCACCAUCUCUGCUCGCAGUCUGUCAGCAUGGAUCGGUUUGUGGGUGUUUUUACCAAAUGUGACAUGGUACACAGUGAAGAUCAAGUGAUCAAGAAUGCGACAACAGCCAAUGGAGGCAAUUGGUUCGUCGUCCGAAACCGGCACCGCAAGGACCCAAAGUCCCUGGAGCUCUCUGUCGCGGAGGCUCGUCUCUUCAACAAGAGCCCUUGGACCGCGAUCCCCGAGACGCGUCGCGGAACAGCCAGACUGCGCCAUUACCUGAGCAACGUGCUCGCCGGCCGCAUCCGCAAGUCGUUCCCACAGAUGCAGGAUCGUCUCAGGGAGCUCUUGUCGCGUGCAAAGGCGGGGCGUGACGCUCUCGGCGACCCGCGCACCACGAUCAGGGACCACCAACGGUUCCUCCGGGGCAUUGUCAGUGUGUACGAGUCCCUGGCGGACAAGUCGCUGAGCAGCCCGUGGCUGCUACAGGACAAGGUCAUGCGCGUGCGAGGCGAGGUGAAGCAGCUCAAUGACGAGUUUGCGCAGAAGAUGCUCGACCGCGGACGCAAGUACCCCUUUGAGACGCUGACGGCCCCAAGUCCCUUGCCCAAGUCCAAGCCCGGCGCGAUUGUCAGUGUGUCGACGCCUCCGUCAACGCCACCCAGCCAGCCCACUGCUGGUGCCUGUGCCGGCCCCGGGGACGCCAAGGUGAAGACGAUAUUUGACGAGAUUCGCUCCCAGCUUGAGCUCUUCCAAAGCACGCAGCUGCCCGGACUCGUCAACCCGGAGAUUGUGCCCGUGCUGUACGAGAAGCAGAUCGCGAACUGGGCCCAGCUCACAGCAGAUCAUCUCGAAGCCGUCUGUCUGGUCGUUGGCGGGGCAUCCAGGAGCAUGCUGAUUGCCGUGUGUCCCCAGGGGAUGCAGGAUCUGUUCCAGCAGCUCCACGAGGAGCUGGGGAGACGAUAUGAUGCCACCCGUGCGCAAGCGCGCGAGGCCGCCGAGGCGUACUGCGCGAAGCAGCACCAGUACCCGCUCCAGACGACAGACGCGGCCUUUUACCACGAGUUGCAGAGGCGGCGGAUGAUUCGCUGGCAGCGGUCCCUCGAGCGCGUGCUCAAGAAGUAUGGCGAGACGCUCCCCAUCCAUGACGCGAUGAGCCUCUAUGAGUUUCUUAACCCGUCCGUGGAACAGAACAUUGUCAAUGAGAUUCAUGACGUGCUGGCGGUGUAUUACGAGAUCUCGAUAGGCCCCUUUGUACGACAUAUUACAAACACUGUGGUAGAAGAUUUUGUGUCGAAUCCAGAAGGCCCCCUGAAGGGACUCUCGCGCGCGUGGAUCGAAGGGCUGGACGAUGACAAGAUUGAGCGGCUCGCAUGCGAGGACGCAGAGGCGGUUGCGCAGAGGAAGUAUUUGGAUGGGCAUAUCAAGAGGCUAGAGGAGGCGCAUGAGAUUGCAGAGAAGGCCUGGGCGGUGCGAGUGGGCUGA